UCACCUUUGUUAAAUCAAUUGACAAUGGUUAGUGUUAAUGACAAUUAAGGCGUUUCACCGUAAUUCAAGCAAAUCAGCCUUUAAUAAACCCUCAUUAUUUUAAUGUGCUACAGUUAACCAGUUAAAUCAUGAUUCUAGUUAAAUCACUGUGUUUUUUAUAUUUCAUUUUUUCAGCAAAUUUAAUUAACUCACUUCCAAUCGAUACCAAUGAGGUGAACACAGAUGACCAGGAAAACAAUGUAAACAAGCCAUUGGAAAACAUCAAUUUGUUUUUGGGUGACAUUAAGUUAAGAAGGAAAAACAAUUCCAAUGACGAUGACAUGAUUUUAUUCCGAAACGCAAUUGAAUACGAUGACAACCUUUGGUCUUAUGCUUUUGUUCCCAUCGAGAUUGAUGCUAAACUUGAUAGUAUCUCGGGAUUGAUUGAAGAAGCCUUGGAUGAAUUUCACCAGAAAACAUGCAUUCGCUUUACCCCCAGAAUAGCUGAGCGUGAUUACGUUAAAUUCAUUUAUGAUGAAGGAUGUUAUUCAUUUGUCGGUCGACUGGGUGGACUUCAGACAAUAUCAUUAGGCGAAGGCUGCCAAUGUAAAGGAACCGUUAUACAUGAGACUAUGCAUGCCUUGGGAUUUUACCAUGAACACAAUCGAUCUGAUCGAGAUGACUAUGUUGAAAUCAUUUAUGAUAAUAUCAUGGAAGAAGCUAAAAAUAUGUUCAUAAAAUUAAGUCCGGAUGAGAAUCGACUCUUCACUACAUAUGACUAUGAUUCAAUUAUGCACUAUGAUGGGUCAGCUUUUAGUAAAUCUAAAUAUUUGGCAACAAUGGUUCCUAAGGAUAAAGGUGUUGUGCUCAAGCAUCCUUGUGAUAAACCCUAUCUUUCUGAGAAGGACGUCGAAAAAUUAAACCAACUCUACAAUUGUAAACCCAAUUAUUAAUUUGUAAAUCAUUACUAUUCUUAAACUCAACUUCGGUCAAAAUUGUAAACAAAUAACUCAAUUAAAUUACGAAUCAUACUUAAACAUUAG